AUGGGUCAUAGCUGCCCACCACUCAACCGCGUCUUAUCGAUUACCUGCCGGGGAGACGCGCCUAGCUUACUCAGCACCACCACGUCAUUCAAAGUGCGGAGGGCAAAGGGACCUAUUCUUUUUUGCAAAGAAACGCCUUUUCGCACCCUUGAUCUUCUUCUCCUUCUCCCAAACUCGCUAAACCUGAGACCUUCCCGCAGUCCUUCCCCGAAUGAUCGGCUAUCAACGGUCACUGUAUUCUGUAUGGAGAUGAUCUGA